GGCAACACCGCAACACAGGCGUACCAAAGUUGAAAAAAAUGACACAUGAAAGAAAAACAAUUCCCUUUUUCUCCUCCAAAGUCCUGCCUUUUCUCCUUCCCGGCUGCUCUUUCUUUUUCAUUUUUUAUUUUUAUUUUUAUUUUUAUUUUAAGCUGCCAAUCUGCCAUAAACACAAAACAAAGAAGUUAUUCGGACAAGCCUCCAUCCUCCGACGACUCUGAAAAACCUCCAAAACCCUAACCCUGAAGCUCCAUAUUUACUUCAACCUUUCAAGUUUCAAUCUAUCCACUUCACUCUUACUGAAUUCUGUCACUUUCUGCACACAACCACGCACGCAUAAAUGACUAAUUCGGGAGGCUUCGCCGUGUCGCGGAGCCACAGAGGAGACCGAUUCUACAACCCGCCACCGAUGCGGCGGCACCACCAGCAACUGCAGAAGGCGCCGAAGGCGGAGGCUGCCGCUUCUGAAGUGGGGAGCCGGACUGAUUCCCACGAUUCAGCCACCGCAUUGUCUAAACCACAAUCUGUCUGCUCGUCUGCUUCGGCGCCGCCGAAGAAUGUCACCAACUUGGAUCGUUUGAUGGAAUCGGUUACUCCCUUCGUGCCAGCUCAGCACUUCUCUAAGGUAAAUGUAAGAGGACAAAGGACUCGUGAAGCAGGUGCAAAUGCGUUUUUUUGCCUUGAGGAUCUUUGGGAAUCUUUUCAAGAGUGGAGUGUGUAUGGAGUAGGCGUGCCACUGUUGUUGAAUGAAAAAGACCAAAUUAUUCAGUAUUAUGUUCCUUUCUUGUCUGGCAUACAAUUGUACAUAGACCCAUUGAAGUCAUCAUCUCGGCUUAGGAGAUCGAAUGAGGAGAGUGAUGUUGAGUCAUCAAGGGAGUCUAGUUGUGGUGGCAGCAGUGAUUGUGAAGCAGAUAGGCAAUCUAAAUCUGCUGACUUAAAAUGGAACCAGCAAAACCAUUUAAAUGCUAAUGCCCAACAACUAAACAGAAUUUCGUUGAGAGACAAAUCUGCAUUGAACUUGUCUGCUGAUGAAGUUGAAAUAAAUAAAUCCCCUGGAGCACUCUUGUUUGAAUAUUUGGAACAAGAACAACCAUAUAAUCGCAGGCCAUUGACUGACAAGAUAAUGGACCUAGCAUCUCAAUAUCCAGAAUUGAAGAAGUGCAGGAGUUGUGAUUUGAUGCCCUCGAGUUGGAUAUCUGUUGCUUGGUAUCCGAUAUAUAGAAUACCCAUAGGCCACACACUACGGGAUCUGGAUGCAUCUUUUUUAACAUUUCAUUUCUUGUCCACACAAUCUAGAGUGUCAGGUUCUGUUCAGCCACAGUUUCAUGGUGCAAAUGGUAGGAGUGUACAUGGUAUGAUUCAUGCUGCCUCAAAGAUUUCUUUACCUGUCUUUGGCCUUGCUUCAUACAAAUUGAAGGGCUCACUUGUGAGUCCAUUUGGACCUCGUGAAUCCAAGCAAGAAAACUCUCUCUUGCUAGCUGCAGACGAUUGGCUUCGGAGUCUAAAAGUUUUCCUCCCUGAUUACCAAUUUUUUCUCUCUCAUUAUUCUCAAUGGAGAUGAUGGGGGCUGGAUGUUCAUCAAUGUGCCAAAGUUUUUAUUCCUUAUGGGAGACAUUCAGAUGUCGAUUCUCCAACAAAGUCCUACCUAAUGAGUUGGUUAAAAUGCUAUUUUCUUUAAGCCUUCUCUGGUUUAAAAAUACUCAUGGAACUUCAGCAGCUGUUAAGCUAUGCCAAGUAUAUGUGCUGGAGUUGCACUUUAUACUGUUUCAAGGUGUGGCAGAUCUAAAUUUACCAGGAUUGUCAAGAAGCCACAUAAUGUAUCAACUAUAUUCAGUUGGUACAUGAUCUCUUGACUAUGUUGUUGUGAACUCGUCAGUGGAGGGCAAUAUCUGUAUGGUGAUAGGAUUGCCAACUUAGUGGCAGUAAUUCAUGGGAAUUACCAUGACCAUGAUUAAAAUUUUGAACAAUCUGUAACUCAUAUAGCAGCAUCACAAACUGAUCGAAGUACUUACUAGUUAUAGUGUUGUGACAAGUGUUUCUGACCGAAAACCUUGUUAGAUAAAAGUCAGGUGGAAAUCUUCCGACUCUUUGAUGUUUGUAUCUUUGUAGCAUGAGGUUUACAUUGUAUCCGGAUUCUGAUUUCCCCUAUUAAGGCUGAGUCAAGCCUACAUUGAAUGAUAUGAUGCUGAAAACAGACGAUUAGCCAAUUUUGAGUUGGUAGUUUUAUUGUUGUUGUAUCCUAAUCUGGAUUCGGCUAAGAAGUGAUCUUCUGACUUAUAGUUGUAUAAACAGUUUGUUUACUAA